UCUGCUGUCUCCGCCCCCUAGGAGGCGUGUCCUCUGUUAUCCCCGCCCACCGGCACAGGCUCCGCUGGCCAUGGCCCAGAGACUCGCUAAGGAGCUCGCCGAGUGUCGGCGCUGGGAAGGGGUCCGCGACCUGCGGUCGGUGGAGCGGAACGUGUUGCGCUGGGAGGGACUGCUGCUGCCCCAGAACACUCCCCCGUACAACAUGGGUGCCUUCCGCUUCGAGCUGACCUUCCCCCCUGAGUACCCCCUGGCCCCCCCCCGUGCCACCCUUUGCACCCCCAUCUACCACCCGGCUGUGGACCCCCACGGCGGUGUCUGCCAGACCCUUACCAACCACAAAGAGUGGAAGCCCACCACCCGUGCCCUCCAGGUGCUGCAGGACCUGCUGCAGCUGCUGGACCACCCGGACCCCCAGUGGGCACUGCGGCCGGAGCUGGCCCGGGAGCUGCGGGACCAGCCCCAGGUUUUCUAUCGCAAGGCAGAAGAACACACCCACCGCCACGCUGAGCCUCGCCAUGGGCCUCCCAGAACCCUCGAGGACAUGACACCCCCCUCAGGAAACCCCUCAGGCACCUCGGGGGGGUCCCAGCACCCCACAUCCUGCUCCUGAGUUAAUAAAUUUAUUCCUGCUCCUGG